AUGGACCGAGGAAUGAGAUGUGAAGUCAGUAUCAAUGAUGUCACUAUUGUGGAAAAGCGGUAUGCUCUAUAUCACAUAAUUGUCAAUGUAAUACGAUCAAAAGAAGAUUAUAGCGAGUACAAAUCUGAAAGACGAUUUAAGGACUUUUUGCAACUCAAAAAGCAACUGGAAUACGAAUGUAGCGGAGAACUACCAUACGAACUUCCUGGUAGAAGGUUACUGUGGAGCAGAACAGCAAACUCAUGCGAUCCCGAUGUGGUUGAAGAGAGAAGGGUAAAGCUCAGGCAAUUUCUAUCGGAUUUACUAAACGAUUCUUUUGAGACAAAAUGGAGAAAUUCUAGCCUAGUUGCUCAGUUCUUAAAUUUACCAGAAGGUUGGUAUAUAAAAUCAUCUACAAAAUCAGGAAACAGUUUCACGAAGGAGACCAUCAAAGACGGUACAAAUCCUGAUGAUGCGCUAGAUCCAUCUAAAUGGCUUGUCGUAUUGAGAGAAUCCAAGAGCGAGUUCUAUAACGGUGCUCAUGAUACACGCACGGUCAUGAAGCAGCGUCUUGUGCUUGACAACUUAGAGCAAGGAUUAAAAGUUAUAGAGAAGGAAGAACUGGUCAGCAAAAUGGAAUGCGAACGAAGAAAGCAAUUGUUGGCUACAUUCAAAAAUGAUUUAAAUGAAACCAUUCAGCCAGCGUCUUGGAAUAAACAUAAUAAUGACAGGGAAGAGCUACUCUACAAGGACUAUCAGAACAAGUUCGAGGAACCAAAGAUCGGAAAAGGUAGAAAACUAGGUGAGACAAGUGAGACAAGUGAUUUGAAUAACCAACAAAUUUUGCAGUUACACAAAGAUACGAUAAAUGAUCAAGACGAACAGUUGCAUAAAUUACAUGAAAUUGUCCAGCAACAAAAGAAUAUUUCUCUGGUUCUAAAUCAGGAGCUGGAGGCACAAAAUGAACUUCUUGAUAUGUUUCAAGAUGAGACCCAAGCCAGUGCUAAUAAAUUGCGCACAGCAAAUCGUAACGCAGUUAAAUUCAAUCAGGGACAAAGGUAA